AAAAGGAUAUUUAUUUCUGAAAGUUUUUUGCAGGUGUAUCUUGGAUUCAUCAUUCUCUUUGUUCUUUUGUCUUUGGCCUCGUUAUCUUUAAGCACGUUACCGAUCUUCCAGAGAAAACUGACGAUUUGCGAAGCACGCGAUUUAUUACUUUACAACCAUAAAUAUGAAGACGAUAUUGAGAAUUUUUUCGCUAAAGUGAAGUGCGACAGCAGUGCAGAAGACGUUUUGAGAUCUAUUUAUUUGAAGUACGGAAACUAUACAGAUGAUGAAACGUUUCAAGAAGAUAUAAAAGAAAAAGAAGCCAGUGGAAUGGGCAAGGAGUAUAUAAAUGAAAUGAAAUUAAAAUGGAAACUUAAGAAAAUAAGCCUACCAAACAAAAGCGCUCGUCUGAAGGUGUUCGACUUGAUAGACCUUAUUGUCUUGGUUGUUUUCGCUGUUGAUCUGAUCCUAAGACUGGUAACUUGUCCAAGCAUUGCUUCGUAUUAUAAGUCAGCGCUGAACGUUAUUGAUACUGUUGUCUUAAUUUGUGGAAUUCUGGGAUAUACUCUGGAAAAAGUUUUAAUAAACUUUACCUAUGACAGGGGAGAUCUUGAUAUAUUGGUUUAUCUCCAGCAACUUCGCGUGUUCCGUUUGAUUCGAGUUGUACAGAAUGUUGCCGCCAUCAAAGUACUCGCUUUCUGUUUCAAAACCAAUAUUAAGGAAAUACUGAUUCUCAUGUUAUUUUUGUUUGUCGGUGUAAACAUUUUUGCCAAUAUGCUUUUCUUUGUCGAACCAAAAAACAUAUCCAGCAUUCCACAGGCAUGGUGGUGGGGAAUAAUCACCAUGACAACUGUCGGUUAUGGUGACUUGUAUCCGGUCACAUUUUCCGGGCGCAUUAUUGGGAGUUUGUGCGCAGUCAGUGGAGUUAUUGUUCUUGCUUUAAUUAUUCCCAUUUUCGUGAACAAUUUUCUGGCUUUGUAUGAACUUGCGUGCUUGUUGCAGAAAGAAAAGGACAGAAAACCAAAAACAAAAACUUUAAAAAUUAAGGUGGAACCCUCGAAAUUUUAGCAACGACCUUUUAGAAAUGAUUAAGUAUCGCAUAAAAAUGCAUAUUGAAAAAUUGUAUUGCACAUGCUAUACAUUGUACACUUUUGUAGAUAUUUGACCUUUCUUUAUUAAUUGUUAUUAUAUUGAUUGAAUUCUUUUAAUGAAUUUUCCCCGAAUUUUUCAGUACAAAAAUAUCCAGUACAUUAAGCAGCGAUAUACAUGUAUAUACCGGUAUAUAGUUCGCAUCUUGGAAAAUUUUAUUGCA